CAGGGGAUGACAGGGUCACAGGCAGCGCAGCGGCGUAGGGGUGAUAGGCGAGUGUUGGGGUGACAUGGCCCGGCAGCCCGUGCCUCCCUCUCUCCUGCCGCCCACACCCGGAACCUCAGCGACACGCGCCUGUUUCCAUGUAGACGGACCGGAAGUGAUCACUCGCGGACUUCCUUCGGCUGUUGUUGCUGCCGCUGCGGCCCCGGGAUGGCCCUGGAGGGGCUGUCUGUCUACGUGUAUAAGGCGGCGGCUGAGGGCCGGGUGUUGACCCUGGCGGCGCUGCUGCUGAACCGGACAGAGAGCGAGAUCCGCAGCCUACUCAGCUCGGUCACCCAACACGGCGGCCAGCGCUCCACCCCGCUCAUCAUCGCUGCCCGCAACGGGCACAGCAAGGUGGUGCGGCUGCUGCUGGAGCACUACCGGGUGGAGACCCAGCAGACCGGCACAGUGCGCUUCGAUGGCUAUGUCAUCGAUGGAGCCACUGCCCUGUGGUGUGCAGCUGGAGCCGGGCACUAUGAAGUGGUCAAACUUCUCGUCAGCCAUGGCGCCAAUGUUAACCAUACAACUGUCACCAAUUCCACCCCGCUGAGGGCAGCUUGCUUUGAUGGGAGACUUGACAUUGUUCGCUUCCUUGUGGAAAAUAAUGCAAACAUUAGUAUUGCCAACAAGUAUGACAACACGUGCCUGAUGAUUGCUGCUUAUAAGGGUCACACCGAUGUAGUACGGUACCUCCUGGAGCAGCAUGCUGACCCAAACUCCAGGGCUCAUUGUGGUGCCACAGCUCUGCACUUUGCUGCGGAAGCUGGACAUUUAGACAUUGUGCGUGAACUGGUUAAAUGGAAAGCAGCUAUGGUUGUGAAUGGUCAUGGGAUGACGCCUUUGAAGGUAGCAGCGGAGAGCUGCAAGGCGGAGGUAGUGGAGCUGCUUCUUGCACACUCAGAUUGUGAUGUCCAGAGCAGAGUGGAGGCUUUGGAGCUGUUGGGUGCAUCCUUUGCCAAUGAUCGGGAGAAUUACAAUAUCACCAAGACUUAUCAGUACUUGUACCUGGCAAUGUUGGAACGUUUCAGAGAUCCUGACAACAUCCUCAGCAAACAAGUUCUCCCUCCAAUCCUGGCAUAUGGCAUGAGAACAGAAUGUCGUAACCCACUUGAAUUGGAUGCCAUCCGCCGUGACACAGACGCGUUACACAUGGAAGGAUUGAUUGUGCGUGAGCGAAUACUUGGCUCUGAUAACAUCGAUGUGUCUCACCCAAUAAUAUAUCGAGGUGCUGUUUAUGCUGAUAACAUGGAAUUUGAGCACUGCAUUAAGCUCUGGCUACAUGCGCUGCAGCUGCGUCAGAAAGGGAACCGCAAUACUCACAAAGACCUUCUAAGGUUCGCACAGGUAUUCUCGCAAAUGAUUCACUUGAAUGAGCCUGUCAAAGCCUAUGAUGUGGAGAGUGUAUUGAGAUGUAGUGUCCUGGAAAUUGAACGUGGGGUAACACGAGUUCAGAAUCCGCAAGAGCCUGAUGCUCAUUCUGCACUGGAAAACCAUGAAUGCAAUCUUUUCACGUUUCUCUACCUCGUCUGUAUCUCCACCAAGACUCAGUGCUCCGAAGAAGAGCAGUCUCGCAUCAACAAGCAGAUCUAUCGGUUAGUGCAUCUUGACCCUCGCACUCGGGAGGGAUGUAGCCUCCUUCAUCUAGCCGUUGAUUCCAGCACACCUGUUGAUGAUUUCCACACUAAUGAUGUUUGUAACUUCCCCAGUGCCCCUGUAGCCAAGUUGCUUAUAGACUGUGGUGCGAAUGUUAAUGCCACAGACAAUGUAGGUAAUACCCCGCUCCAUCUGAUUGUGCAAUACAACCGUCCCAUUAGUGACUUUCUCACGUUGCACGCCAUCAUUAUAAGCUUGGUGGAGGCAGGUGCUCACACCGAUAUGACUAACAAAGAAAAGAAAACUCCACUGGACAGGAGCACUACAGGCGUAUCGGAGAUCCUACUGAAAACACAGAUGAAGCUCAGUCUAAAGUGCCUGGCUGCCCGAGCCGUGCGUCUGCACAACAUCAAAUACAAGAACCAGAUUCCCAGAACACUUGAGGAGUUUGUGGAGUUUCAUUGAAUGCCUGUAUGGACGGAAUCCCCUUAUGUGUGCAUGCAAAGAGCUCCGGGAUUGGUUAUACACAAUCCCUGAGUUAUUUGCCUGUACUUUUAAGAGUAUGGGGCUGAUUCAACAAGUCCCUUCAUAUGCACUGCAAACCUGUCUUUCUGCUCUGUACAGAACGGUCCUUCAAAUGUCUUGUGGAGCAGAGAAAUGCUGUACUUGCUAUUGAAUAGGUCUCUUUUAAUAUACAAGAUAAGGUGCUGAAUUAGGAGUGUGGAGUUCCUGUCAGGACAGGACACAUCAAGUGGGCGGAUUGGGGCAUUAAUAGCCCACAAUCCAAUUUUUUUUUUUUGUUAAUCCAAUUAAUGAGGCUUUUGCACAUUUUUUUUUUUUUUUUUUAAGUUGGUUGUUUGACUAUUUUCAUAGAUUGAACAUUGACUUAAAUCCUGUUUUGAAGAGAUGUCUUUGUCUUGCUGGGAGAAACAUAUUGAAAAAUGUGAUGCUUUUCUGCCCAGGUUUUCACAUCUCCUAUGACAGGCUAUGUGUGGCUUGUUGGUAGAGACUUCAUGCCAUUGAACAUGUGCCAUUCAUGAAUGCUGGCCAUAUUCCAGUAAGCUAUAUGCCUAAGAUUUACUGCUGGCUUCUAGCUUUUUGGCAUUCUAAUUUUUAAGAUGUCUGAAUGCUCACCUUUUCUGUCUUAAAUAAAAACUCAGGCUGGCUCCUUUAA